ACAUCCUUGAGUCUGUCGUGAGAUUUCUUUAAGUUCACGUUUAAUUGUAUUUUAAAUGAUUUCCUUUUUUCAAACUAUGUUGAUAUGUUUUAUUGAUCUUUAUUGCUUUGCAGUGUAUUUGUAAUGUCCAUUGUCUCCCCUGCAUUUGUGUUUUAUACCUUGAAUAAAAAACAGACAAUUCCCAAAUUUGCAUUACAUUUGAGAUUAAAACUUUAUUUCAAACUCUGAAAUCACUUGGACUGUCAAACAGAUACUUUAAUUUGUGUGAUGUAAGCGCUAUAAUUUACCAGACCCAGAUCCUCGAAUUUUAUUCGUCGAACAGAGUUAUUAUUAUAGAUAUAUCUUGAGAAAAGUUAUAUUAGUAUUAUUGAGUAACUAUCAAUCAUGGUCAAAUCUGUUAGAAAUGUAAAAUUUUACAAUGCAUUGCUAGCUUCUGUCAUUGUAAGGUUGUGUCGUCACCCUCAGGGCUCUGUGUGCAAAAACCGUUACCGCCAGAAAUUCGCGUGACGUGACUGACAGCACUCGGCGCGAGCGACGGGACAUUUACCUCAGAAAGUUAUCGGUACAAACCUUUUCACUGUACUCAGCUACUACAGCAAUAAAGCUUUUGAUGAGGUAAUAAGGUAAGGACAACAGCUAACGUGAUUUAACGGCAAAGACAGCCCAGACAUGACGGCCACACAGAAAAAACAAACUCCAGCCAAACAGGAGUCUGAUGAGUGGAUCAGCUUAUUUCAGGAAAUGGAGACCGAAACUCAGUCACUGGUUUAUGUCAAACGUAUGGUGGUUAUAGCAGUAUCCUCCAUCACCUAUCUGCGUGGAAUAUUUCCAGAGGACUCUUACAGCUCAAGAUACCUGGAAGAUUUGUGUAUCAAAGUUCUUAGGCAGAAUUGUUCAUGCCCUGGAGCCUGCAAGCUUGUUAAAUGGCUGAUGGGAUGUUUUGAUGCAUUAGAAAAGAGAUAUCUCCAGAUUGUGCUCAUUGGGGUUCACACAGACCCCGAUGACAGCAAUCAUGUUGUCGAGUCCUAUCAGUUUAAGUUCAGAUACACUGAUCAGGGACCACAGAUGGAAAUCCUCAGGAAUGAGAAUGUGGCAGUAAAUGUGACCAUGGAGGACACAAAGAAGGCUUCACUGCUUCUGAUCAGGAAGCUGUUUCUGCUCAUGCAGAAUCUAGAGGCUUUGCCCAAUGCUGUUUACCUCAGUAUGAAACUCUACUACAAUGAUGAUGUCACACCACCUACAUAUGAGCCACCAGGAUUUAAAGCAGGUGUAUAUGAUAGUCUGUGGUUUGAGGGGACUGCGGUGCACUUUAGAGUGGGCGAUUUGCAGUCUCUCUUCCACACCAUGAAGGUGCGUGUGACAGCAGCACAAACCCGCCUUGGCAAGCUACAGGACACGAGCCAGCUGAGUGAGAAAAGAGGAGUAAAGGAGACAAACACUCUCAAAGCAGCAGGAAAGUUGACCAACGACUUUGAUAUUCAGGAUCUGCCAUCUGAGAAUGAAUCUGCUGCACAGUUCAAGAUAUCCAAAAGAACCAUAGCCAAGAGGAAACGCACGGGGAGCAAACUUUCAAAUACAAAACGAAGAAAUCCUGUGAAGAAAUAUAAUACGUUGAUGUCAGACAAAUAACUUAUGAAUUCAGAGUUUGUGUGGGUUCAAAAUCUGAUGAUAUUUUAGUUUUUAAUCGUUUUUUUUAUCCUAUUUAAUGAAUUUUAAGAGAAAUAUAAACCUUGGGUUGGAAUUAGUAAUGAAAGGUUUGUAACUUAAAUUCACUAAAUGUGCAAAACAAUGUUAAAUUCUGAUCCUGAAUGCUAAACUUAGCUGUUUAUUACAGUUGAAAAAUAAAAAGUAGUUCAGAAUA